AUGCCAGCCGCUUUGCCAGUGACGCCGAGCGGCGUGCGUCACGUCGCUUGCCACUCUGGCGCCAAAGACCUGGCGACCGGCAAGCUCAAGUGCUUUCGCGAUGCGCCCUCGCACUUCCGCCCCACGAUGACGCCGCGCGAGAUGCUGCUGGCGGGCAUGCACGGCGGGAUCUACUUCAACCCAAAGGGCGGCAAGCCGGGCGUCAAAUUUCCGCGCAACAAGUACCCGAACGGCAUUCCCGGCGUCACCAUCGACGAGUUCCCGCAAGAGUGGUUCGUGGGCGUGCCCAAAGAGCUGUUCCUGAGCCGGCGGUACAGCUCCUCGCACAACAAGCACGGCGUCAAGUCGGGCCUCGACCAGGCCGGCUGGGAGUCGAGCGGCUGGAUCAACGAGUGCGACCCGCGCGGCUGGACGCAGUGGUACUUCCGCUUCUACGCCGGGCGCCGGCUGGCAGGCGGCGAGGACGAGCGGCAGAUUGCGCGGUGGAAUGGCGUGUGCGGCGACAAGGGGCGGUGGAAGCAAAACCUGAUCGCAAAAUGCCUCCGCGACGGGAAGAGCUACGACGACCAGACCGUCAGCCCCGUGGUGCGGCAGACUCUGCUGCACUGGGCGUACGAGCUGCAAGAGGCGGACUUUCGCUCGGGCGCCAAGCGGGUCAAGUCGCACGGCGCCUCAUACGUGCCUCGCGACCAGCUGAGCGGCAUCCCGCUUUCCGAGUACGAGAAGCAGCGCGACGCGACAAAGGCGCGCAACCAGCGCAAGCUUGAGGAGCUAGGGCUGGCGUGA